AUGGAACUCUUGAUUAAGAAACGCUCGCCAAUUAGAGGCAAUUUUACCAAAACUUACAAUGCAUUAACUAAAUUGUUGGCGGAAGAAAAUCCUAAGGAGGAAAAUAUUAAAGUAAAUUACGCUAACUUAGAAAGAAUUUAUCAGUCUUUGACGAUAUUGGACAAUGAAAUCUGCGACAUGUUAAUAGAUACUUCCGAGCAGCAAAAAUACGAUGAUGAAUAUAAUGCUAUCGAAGAAUAUAAUGAAAAAAUGGUUUCUGCGAAAGUAAAUUUCGAGCUUUUUUUGGCGAAAAACGCAAGUUUAGAUAGAAUAAGUUUAGAUGGUUGUUCGUUGUCAACGAAAAGGAAAUUGAAAUUGCCAAAAAUAGAAUUAGUGAAAUUUAGUUCAGAGUUAAAAGAUUGGCUUUCCUUUUGGAGCCAGUUUAAAAGAAUACACGAGGAUAAUGAAUUAGAAAAUGAGGAUAAAUUUCAAUACUUAAUUCAAUGCAUCAGCAAAGGAACAAGAGCUAGAGAAAUAAUCGAUAGUUUUCCGCCCACUAGUGAGAAUUAUAAAAAGGCGAUUGAAAGUUUAAAAUCUCGAUUUGGGCGAGAUGAGUUGUUAAUUGAAUUUUAUGUGAGACAACUUCUUCAACUGGUUGUUCAAAAUGCAAAAGGAGCCAAAAAUAAAAUUAACACCAGUAGUUUGUAUGAUAAGUUAGAAUCAUAUCUAAGAGCGCUGGAAUCAAUUGGCUUAACCUCCGACAAAUACGCCGCCAUGCUUUUUCCACUUGUAGAAUCAUGCAUUCCGGAGGAUGUUUUUAGGGUAUGGCUAAGAAACCCAGGCGCCAUUACAGAUGAUUCAUCAAAUAAUGUUUACAGCACAAAGUUAAAAAGUUUAUUGGCAUUUCUCAAAACCGAAGUAGAAGGAGAUGAACGAAUUCGUUUGGCGCAAUCCAGUUUUGAAAAUGAUCGAAAUCGUUUGGAACAAUCCAGUUUUGAAAAUGAACGCCGCCAACGAAAAGAGAAAUCGCCACAAUUUACUACUGCUAAUGAUUUGUUCUCGGGAACACUUGAAAAGAAGAAAAUAAAUCAUCCUUGUGUAUUUUGUGACAAAGUGCACGACAGUAAGGAAUGCUUUCACGCUCAAGCACUGAAUUGGGAACAAAAGCAAGAAAUUUUACGUAAUAAGAAGUGUUGCUUUCUAUGUUUGAAAAUCGGACACAGAUCAAAAUUCUGCAAAACUCGGGUAAAAUGUGUUUUGUGUAGCAAAAGGCAUUUGGUGUUAAUGUGUCCAGAAUUGCCAGCUAACAAACUAACUGAAAAGAAAUCCGACUUGACCUCGCCAAAAGUCAGUUUGACAAGCCAUUGCAGUACAGAGGACGUGUUACUUCAAACAUUAAUUGUGAAGUUGAAAUCAAGAGGUAAAACACGCCAAGUUCGAGUUCUAAUUGAUAGUGGAUCGCAAAGGUCAUACAUACUUGAACGUACUGCUGAAACUUUUGGCUUGGAUCCAAUAGAGAAGAAAAGUUUCAUACAUGCAUUGUUUGGCGGAUUUAAUACUCAGGAAAAGCAUCACAAGCUCUUUAAAGUAAAUCUUGAAGCUCUCAGUGGGAAUUUUUCAUGUGACAUAGAAGUUUUGGAUCAUCCAAAAAUUUGCAGUAAGAUCCCUAGACUUAAACAGGGUUCCUGGAAUAAGGAAUUGCAAGAAAGCAAGAUAUGGAUAACAGAUUAUGGAGAAAACUGCCCUGAUAUAGAAAUUUUAAUAGGAGCUGAUUUUUGCGGCCAACUUUUUACCGGGCGCAUACAUAAACUUAAAUGCGGCCUAAUAGCGUGUGAAACUUAUUUGGGUUGGAUAGUCAUGGGUAAAGUGCCUGGAGAGAGAUUUGACCAUACCUCAACCAACCUGAUAACUUCAUUGUUUGUAACAAACGCAUCAAUAGCCAAUCUCUGGGAAAUGGAUAUCCUUGGUAUAAAAGAUCCUAUUGAAACCAAAUCUAGAAAAGAAAUGGAAGCAGCAGCUGUCGAUCAUUUUAGGAAAACUUUUUCAAUAAACGAAGAUGGCCGUUAUGAGGUCCAUUUACCUUGGAAAGAAGCCAAUUGUGAGUUGAUUGACAACAGGGACAUUGCAGAGAAAAGACUUAUUUCGACAUCUCUGAAGCUCAUACGGGAAGAAAAGUAUAAUGAUUACAAUGCAGUUUUCAAAGAUUGGGAAGAAUCAGGGAUAAUAGAAGUAGUACCCGAAGAAGAACAUCAACGUCCCUCUAUUUACUUGCCUCAUAGAGCCGUUAUAAAGGAGAAUUCCACAACCAAAAUAAGGCCUGUAUUUGAUGCUUCUUGUCAUGUAAAAGGGCACCUGUCACUGAAUGACUGUUUGGAGAAAGGCCCCAAUCUUCUAGAAGAAAUUCCACCUAUAUUAAUGAGAUUCCGCAAGGAUAAGAUUGGCGUAGUUUCCGACAUCAAAAAGGCAUUUCUCCAGAUAUCUGUUUCGAAGGAAGAUUGUGAUUCUCUCCGUUUUUUGUGGUGGGAGGACUUUGAAAAAAGACAAACGAAGGUGUUCCGACAUCGGCGUGUCGUAUUUGGACUUACAUGCAGCCCAUUCCUAUUAGCUGUUGUAUUGAAUAACUUGAUAGAAAACGCCCCAAUAGAGAUGCAGGAAACAGCAGACAUCUUAAGAAGAUCCUUUUAUGUAGACAAUUGUGUUACCUCUUUGCCAACUGAAGAAAGAAUGAUAACAUUCAUUCAUCAAUCGAGAAAUUUAUUGGAAAGAGGCCGUUUUGACCUCAGAGGUUGGGAACAUUCAAAUUUCUACGAAAUAAAAACUUCUGAGAAACCCAUAUCUGUUUUGGGAUUACAAUGGGAUAAAAACGAAGAUACUCUUUUUUGUGAUAUACCAUCAGUUGAAGAAUCGAAGAAAAAUGUGACCAAAAGAAAUAUUCUUUCAACUGUGAAUAAAAUAUUCGAUCCUCUAGGACUUUUAUGCCCUGUGACAGUCAUUCCCAAGCUUAUUGUGCAACAAACUUGGAAUCUCAAGAUUGGUUGGGACGCAGAACUUCCAGAAGAAAUCCAAAAUAAAUUUGAAGUCUGGAUUAAAGAUUUAGAGUUACUAUCCAGUGUUAAAAUUCCCCGAUGUCUCGAUAUAUGCCAGCCCAGGUCUCAAAUAAGCCUUCAUGUCUUUGUGGAUGCAAGCAAACUUGCAUACAGUGCUGUUGUAUACCUUAGGAGAGUUGAAGGCAAAACUAUAAGGGUUGAUUUUAUUCAAGCGAAAAGUAGAGUCUCUCCUUUACACAAGAUGUCAAUUCCCAGACUUGAGCUACUUGCAUGCUGUAUUGGAGCACGACUAGCCCAUUCCGUAAUGAAGGCAAUGGAUUUGUUUGGUGUGCCCAUUACCUAUUGGACGGAUUCCUCAACCGCUCUCAGUUGGAUAAUAAGGAAUGAGAACUGGGGAGUCUUUGUUAAUAACCGAGUAAGAGAAAUCAGAACGCUUUCGAAUAAAGAUUCAUGGAAACAUAUUUCCGGAGAGCACAAUCCCGCCGAUUUACCUUCAAGGGGUUGUUCAAUUAGAGCCUAUUUAAGAUCCAAAUGGUGGGAGGGGCCGUUAUGGUUGAGACAAGACGAAGAAGAUUGGCCAAAAUCAGAAGUACAAAUAGAUGAAGAGGAAGUUUCAAAAGAAAAAAGGAAAGGUCUUGAUUUAUCAUCUACCCUUCUCGUUACUGAGGAAGAGAGAAAAUGGUACAACAGAAGGUUUUCGAAGUAUUCUCAAAUACUUAGAAUGAUUGCCUGGAUUCUCCGUUUUUCAAAUAACUCACUUAAAAGAAAUAAGAAAAUUACAGGUGAACUAUUAAUUACUGAAUUGGAAAUUGCAGAAAAGAAACUUGUAAAAUUUAUUCAACAAGACCAUUUUAAGCAAAGUGAAUGUCAUAAACAGCUAAAAUCGCUUUGUACCUUUCAUGAUGAUGAAGGACUUCUUAGACUCAAGACCAAGAUCAUAAGACGUAAAGAUGAAGAAAAUUUUUUGUGCCCAAUCAUUCUCCCAUCUAAUAAUGAUGUGGUUAACAAACUCAUCCAUGAACGUCAUUUACAACUCUCACAUGCUGGAACUCAGGUUGUAUUGACGAAUAUUAGGCAACAAUUCUGGAUUUUAAGAGGCAGAAAAACUGUGCAACGUGUAAUAGCGAAAUGUGUCCGGUGCAGGAGGCAUGCUGCAAAAGGAGUUGAAUCCAUUCCUACAUCACUACCAGAAGAUAGAACCAGGGAUACUUUAGUCUUUGAGGUAAUUGGAUUAGAUCUGGCAGGACCGUUAUACAUGAAGACUGGAGAAAAAUUGUGGAUUCUACUGUUCACCUGCGCAGUGUAUCGUGCUAUUCACCUGGAGCUACUAAAAAGUGUGUCCACAAACUGUUUUCUUUUAGGCUUAAGAAGGUUCAUAGCUCGCCGUGGUCGGCCUAAAAUAAUAUAUAGCGACAACGGAAGCAAUUUUCUUGGAGCCUCGAAUCUUAUGAAAAGUCUAAACUGGGAUCAGAUAAUUCGUGACACUUCAAUCUACAGAAUACAAUGGAAAUUUAAUCCCCCAGCUGCACCAUGGUGGGGCGGUUGGUGGGAGAGAAUUGUGCAAAUGGUGAAAAGUCUAUUAAAAAAGGUGUUAGGAAAGGCUUGUCUUGUUUACGAAGAAAUUCUAACCAUUCUGUGUGAUGUAGAAGCUGUAAUUAAUGCAAGACCCCUCACGUAUGUCUCAGAUGAUCCAAGAGAUUUGGUUCCCCUAUCUCCAUCACUGUUCAUUCAGGAUAUUCCAACUGUUGGUGUCCCAGAUUUGGAUCAUUUGGAUGACGUUAAUAUUUCAAAAAGGUUGAGAUACCAGCAAAGGCUACGUAAAGAAUUUCGAAAACGAUUCCGAGAUGAAUAUCUUAGUCUUUUAGUGCAGUCACCUGUUAAGAAAAGGUAUCUAAUCAAAGAGUUAAAGAUAGGUGAUAUUGUGUUAAUUAAGUGCGAUAAUAAGAAGAGAAUGGAUUGGCCUCUUGGACGAAUUAUUGAAGUUUUUCCUGGACAAGACAAUUUCAUUCGUGUGGUUAAAGUUAAAACUGCGAAUGGAGAAUUGACACGACCUGUUAAAAAUAUAUACCCCUUAGAGAUUUCAUGUAGUAAUGAACUGUGCGAGAAAGUAGACAUUACCAAAACAGAGUCUGUUGCUCCUGAAGUUGUUGUCAAUCAAGACUCUGAUACAACUCAGACUGUUGCUCCUAGAAUUGUGGUCGCUCCAGACUCUGAUUCCAAGAAUGAUCAAACUAGGUGCGGAAGAAGAAUUAGACUUCCAAAACGUUAUGAUAACUAA